GGAGGCGAAGACAGGAAAAAAAGAAGGGAGAGACAUGAGAGCGAGGUCCUUCUUGCCUUCUUGUUCGUUUGCUGCUCUCCCCGCUGUUCCUGUGGUUAUCUCCUCCUUUUGCCUUCAAUGCUGCCGCGUUACUACUGGAUCUGACUGACAGACACACUGCGUCCGCCGCCUUGAAGCUAAUCUUGGUGACUUGGUCCCGGGCUCCCGGCCGGCCUCCCCAAGAUUCUCUUGUUCUUUCGGAAUUCCGUCAUUCCUUUGCAGCCUCUCCUUCGCAGCAGAAUCCGCGUGGAACAAGUGCUGCGCGUGUUGCUGGAGGUGAGUUUUCACCUCCUCCGCGUUCUUCUUCACCGCCAAAGGCCCAAGAGGAAUUUCGAUUGGUUGAAGCGCGAAUCCGCGGGGUUGGCAGGUCGAUCCUCCCUUGGAUUGCAGCGUGUGCCAUGGUUCUCUCCUCCAAUCCCACCAACAAGGCAGCAGCUCAGCUGUCACAGCCGGCACUGUAGUGCUUUCUAGCCUGCUGCUGGGCUCCAAUGGCGUCCUCACCUUCGCCUUCCCCGGGCACCAUCAGGGCCCCCUUGCCGCCUUCCAGCGCAACCCCGUCACCGGCAACCACCACGCCCACGCCGGCCUCCCCGGCCCCGGUGACGCAGCCCAAUGCUACCCCGGCCGACCCUCCCUCGUCGCCGGUCGCGCCUCCCCCCGUCCCCUCCGCAUCCACGCCACCGCCACAGCUCACUUCUCCACCGCCCUCCUUGCCUCCGCCUCCUCCAGACGCCGUGCCACCACCGCCACUUGUUGCCUCUCCGCCACCCGCCCCAGCAGCCGUAGUGCCCCCACCCUCGCCGCCGGCGCCGGUUGCAGUGCCCCCACCACCUACACCUGCUGCCCCGCCAAAGGCGUCGCCUAUACAUAUAAGGCCCCCUGCGGCCGCGUCGCCACCCCCAACCAUUCUGCCAACGCCCAACCCGCCGGCUGACCCAACGCCGCCGACAUUAGCGCAGCCACCUCCACCACGGCGCCGGCCACCAAGAACGCCUCAGACAGAACCUCCACCCCUGGCACCACCACCUUCUGGAAUUCCUGUCAAACCCUCUACGAGCAGUCCCUCACCGACAUCCGCAGAUCCUUUGAUCCCCACUCCCUCUAGCCCCUCACCUCCAGGGACGACAACGCCAGGCUCUGGUAGCACUCCAUCGGUGCCAGCCCCAGCAAUGGCAGCCGAUCCAGUUCGCCCGGUAACGACUGGGGGUUCAAACAAGUCGUCUAGUCCAGCCUCACAGAGCAGCGGCUCCCCAGUAGACAGUGGCGGAAUGUCUUCAGGUGCAAAGGCAGGCAUUGGUGCAGUCGUUGCCAUUCUUGUGCUUAUUAGCUUCGUUGGAGCUGCAUUUUGGUACAGGAAGAAACGGAGGAGAGUUCAUGGAUACCAUGCUGGCUUCUUAAUGCCUUCGCCUGCCUCGACUACUACACAAGUGCUAGCUAAAACGAAUUUCAGUGCUGGGAGUCCUGAAUCAAAAGAUUCAAUGCCAGAGUUCAGCAUGGGCAAUUGUCGGUUCUUCACUUAUGAAGAAUUGUAUCAGGUCACAAAUGGUUUCUCUGCACAGAACCUGCUUGGGGAAGGUGGGUUCGGGUCAGUGUAUAAGGGUUGCUUGGCUGAUGGAGAGUUUGCGGUUAAGAAACUGAAAGAUGGUGGUGGGCAGGGGGAACGCGAGUUCCAUGCUGAGGUGGAUAUUAUCAGUCGUGUGCAUCAUCGCCAUCUAGUAUCUCUUGUAGGGUAUUGCAUUUCAGAUGAGCAGAGAUUGCUUGUCUAUGAUUUUGUGCCCAACAACACGCUUCACUACCAUCUUCAUGGACUUGGAGUACCAGUCUUGGAAUGGCCAUCUAGGGUUAAAAUUGCGGCUGGUUCAGCACGCGGAAUAGCCUAUCUUCAUGAAGAUUGUCACCCCAGAAUAAUCCACAGAGAUAUAAAGUCCUCUAAUAUUUUGCUGGAUAAUAACUUCGAAGCACUGGUUGCUGAUUUUGGUCUUGCAAGGAUAGCUAUGGAUGCUUGCACUCAUGUAACUACACGAGUGAUGGGAACUUUUGGGUACCUUGCUCCGGAGUAUGCCUCAAGUGGCAAGCUGACCGAGAGAUCUGAUGUAUUCUCAUUUGGUGUUGUUCUCUUGGAGCUUAUUACUGGUAGAAAGCCUGUCGACGCGUCGAAGCCAUUGGGCGAUGAGAGCCUUGUUGAGUGGGCUAGGCCAUUGCUCACGCAAGCGCUCGAGACCGGCAAUGCUGGGGAGCUGGUGGAUGCCCGGCUUAAUAGGAACUACAAUGAAGUCGAAAUGUUCCGUAUGAUCGAAGCUGCUGCAGCCUGUAUUCGACAUUCAGCAUCCAGGAGGCCUCGGAUGAGCCAGGUUGUGCGGGUGCUUGAUAGUCUCGCCGACGUCGAUCUGACUAACGGCGUUCAGCCGGGCAAGAGCGAGAUGUUCAAUGUCGCGAACACGGCCGAGAUCAGGAUGUUUCAGCGGAUGGCGUUCGGCAGCCAGGAUUUCAGGACCGAUUUCAGCCAGUCCAGCUGGAGCAGCCAGAGCAGAGGCCUUGACGCAUCUGGUUCCAGGCCAUUGUAACCCUCGUCGUCGUAGAUUCCUACAUCUAACUAGCUAGGGUGUUUCGUGAUGGGUUUUGUACGUCAUGUAAUUCUUUUUGAUUGGAUCAAUCGUGUGAUUAUUCUUUUGCCAUCCCUGUCUUGUACGACUGACAUAGAUCAUGUGCUGCGCUGAGGCCCUGCUUGCCUGUGCGAAGACCUGCUAACUGAUGAAGAGAGACUGCUGCGUUUAGUCCC